AUGGUUGAUGGGACUUAUGUACAAUUGACAAAGGAGCAAGAGGCGUUGGAGGACAUCACUCCAGGAGAGCUUAAUCAACCUAUCGAUGUUGUUCAGAUAACUGCAGCUAGGUGUCCUCAAUGUGGUCAAGCUUUGCCUGAAAGCUACCAUCCCCCUGCUAACGAAGACUGGAGUACUGGGAUUUUUGGUUGUGCUGAUGAUCCAGAUAGCUGUUGGACUGGAUUGUUUUGCCCCUGUGUGUUAUUUGGACGCAAUGUUGAGAGUUUGAGUGAUGAAGUCUCAUAUUCUUGCGCAUGUAUGGGUCAUGUGAUAUGCAUCGAAGGCGGCAUUACUCUUGCAGCACUUAUGGCUGCGUUUAAUGGUGCUAUUGAUCCCCAGACAGUAGGGCUUAUAACAGAAGGUCUUCUCUGCACUUGGUGGAUAUGUGGUGUCUACACGGGCAUGGCACGGCAAGCAUUACAGAGAAAGUAUCAUUUAAAGGAUUCACCAUGUGAGCCUUCAUUGGUGCACCUAUGUUUACAUUGGUGUGCUAUAUGCCAAGAGCACAGGGAGAUGAAGUGCCGCCUUUCUAAUUAUCAUGCAACCGAAACAACAAUUGUGAAUCCUCCCCCAGUUCAAGAAAUGAUCGUUGGUAACAAACAAGAGAUGCGUAUUGGUCACAAACCAGAGACCUCGUCUUCCAAUGAUGAAAAUACAGGACGCACGAACUUAGAAUUGCAACCUAUAUAG